CACUGUGCAAUAGCUGUCUCUUUUGCUACUUUGACACAAUGAAAUGUAAAUUGUAAAAUAGCUGACAUCUUGGUGUCGUAAAGGCGAAGGUUUUGUGUUGUUUUAAUAGUUCAACUUAUCUAUGAUGGGAGUGCUUUUCUAAGGGAGUUCAUUACGCUUCCUGCAAUGGCUCCACGUAUAUCAGUGGCUGCAGCUAUAUUCCCCUGAGAGUUGUUUCCUCCGAGCGCUGGCAGAACCUGUGAGCAUAGACGGUUAUAAACUGAGCUAUCUAUGUAGCAGUAAAACAUGGACGGAUGGACCUCUGUCGUUAUUUCGGAAAAUGACCGCUCCAUCUCCGAGGGUGAGUACAUGCUAGGGCACGGACUUGGAGGUGAGACCCGGAAAGCGGCGGACGGAGAGCCGCGGAAUGCGGCAGCGAGGAUGGAGGACAUGGGCGCAGAAGCAGCAGCAUCGGUGGGGUUCGGGAUUAGUGGAAUAGGGGAAGGAAAAAUGGUUUUGGGUCGAGUCGGGUCGAGAGAGGACAAAGAGCACAGGUAUCUGCACCUUUUGUGGGAACCGGGGCGAGGUGAGCUCGCUCCGGGUGGUGUGGCGAGCAGGCUGGGGAAGAUAGCGGGGAGCAGAGCCAGGAGACACCAGCGAGCCGUGCGGAACCUUGGUCCUAUGGGGAAAGACAUUUACGCUGCUAAAAGAAUGAGGGAAGCUGCCAACAGCAAUGAUAUAGACACAGUGCGAAAGCUCCUGCAGGAUGACAUAGACCCCUGUGCUGCAGAUGACAAGGGCAGGACAGCUCUUCACUUCUCAUCCUGCAAUGGCAAUGAUGGCAUCGUGCAGCUGUUGUUGAGUUAUGGUGCUGACCCCAACCAGAGAGACAGCCUGGGAAAUACCCCUCUGCACCUGGCGGCCUGCACCAACCACGUGCCUGUAAUCACCACAUUGCUGAGAGGAGGAGCUCGCGUGGAUGCCCUUGACCGAGCAGGCCGGACCCCGCUGCAUCUAGCCCGCUCCAAACUUAACAUUUUGCAGGAAGGAGAAUCACGCAGCUUGGAGACCCUCAGAGGAGAAGUCACUCAGAUAAUUCAAAUGCUCAGAGAGUACCUGAACCUAAUGGGCCAAAGUGAAGCGAAAGAGAGACUGGAGCACAUUUCAACGCAGCUGCAACACACACGCACCAGAGAGCAGGUGGAUGAGGUGACUGAUUUGCUGGCUAGUUUUACAUCACUUAGUCUACAGAAACAGAACCUGGAUGCUAGGUAGAAGAUUAACUGAACACAGAGCUGACCUCCAGCUCCUUUUUAAAACUGCCAAGGCUCUAAUUGUCUGUGUACAUCCAUAAGGGCACAGGUCUAACAUCAGACCGGGAUUGGCUGUCAUUGUUUAUUUAAAUGACUGCUAUAGACAACAGCUCUGCGCCUUUUUGUUUUAACCCAGGCAAGAAAGCUUUAACAACAACGUUUCUCCUGAAGUUUUCUGAAUGGGUUUUCUAAUAAUACUGGGAUUGUAAAGUUGUCAACUUGAUACGAAACCCAUUGAUGUUAUGGUUAAUAUGUUCUGACUUUUUUAAUUCCAGAAAAAAGUCCUGUUGAUAAAUCUCAGAAAAACCACAGAUGCAUCAAUCAAAAAGUUUUGUGGCUCUGAGAUUUUUUUUCAAACUUCUGACCCACUGAUUCUAAUUUCUUUAUAAGUACUAUAUUUAUUAUAAUUUUUGGAUAAAUUAAAAAUAUUAACUCCUCACAACAGUUUUGAUAUAAGUAAAAUUCUCUUUAAUACAGCUUAAUUCUUUGAGGUCAUUAUAUGACAAAUACAUCUGUACAAAUAAAGCAAACUCCUUUUAUAAUACUCACUUCUUUUUUUUUUUUUGCAUUUGCAGAAUGUGGAAGUGCACAAUGAAAUAUAUUUUUUGCAUUCAAUAUAAAUUGCAACUGUUUCCAAAAUAAUAUUUGAGUGAAAAAAAACCUUUGAUUUACUGCCAGAUGUGUCAGAUUGUUAAAUCGUUCCUACAUUUAUUGUAACUCUGUACUGGAGCCUUAAGAAGUCUUUCUGUGAUUGCUCAGUAAGUAGUUCCAUUAGAACUAGAGCUAACAUCAUACUGGGUCUAUGUGUGAGAAAUGGGAGAGAAAGAGAGAACAGUCAGUGUUACUAAACUCUACAGUUAAGCAGGAAGUCAUUAUUUAAUCAACAAAGACAACCUAAUUACAGAGAUGACAUUUUAAGCUGUUUUCCCCAUCCUAUACUAGGAAUUAGCACAGUUAGCGUUACCAACUUCAGUCUCUGUGUGUAUUUCCUAGAUAACGUAUACCCUAACCUUAAGUAAGAAGACUUCUAACAUUUCCAAAUCUAGCGUGUUCCAUAACAGAUAGAAUCUAGAUUUUAAAAAGAGCAACUUUAAGUCUUCUUCUCUCAAGAACAACUAAUACAUUAAAGAGGGUCGUCAGCAUGACCUGUUAGCGCUUUUGCAUGGUCGGUUAACUGAUCGGGAAAAAGAUACGAUUGGUCGGUCAUAAUUAUUGGCUCGGCAAGUGUAAAGUCAGCCAAUUCCUGUCACCAUUUACUGGUGCAUCUCUUAGAAAAAGUCAUUCAGAGGAUAGGUAAAAAACUGAAAACAGGAGUCCAAUGUAACUGAGAUAAGGUGGAACCAUGGCUUUUGUAUAAGAGACUGUUUAUUCAAAUACUGUCCAUGAGCUCACUCGUUCUCGUUUUGCCUUAUGUUCAUUGAAUAUACUGUGAUAAUUACAGGACACAGUGGGUUAACAGUUUUAACUGGUGUAUCUUGUUUUCUUGUCAAAGUGUCUUUUUUUAAUUGCCUUAUUUUUUUUUAACUGUGCACAAUUACUCUUUGUGAACUUUGUUGUAAAGAAUGUUUUGCUGUUCGAAAUUAUUAUGAACCAAUAAAUCAAUACGUUGGCUGCGA